CACUGGCAGGAGCGAGCAGCGCUCAGCGGCAUGGAGGGAACCAAAGGAGAGGAGCGCUCGGCCGAACAGGCAGCGUCUUUAUUUGGAGCACCAGAGCUGGAGAGUCAAAGGAGAAACACCGAGCAGGCAAAGAAGAGGAAUAACUGCAAAAUCAUUACUGGGGUUCUGCUGCUGUGCCUGCUGGUGGUCAUCCUGGCUGUGGUGUUUGCUCUGAAAAAGGGCAGCAAUGGCAACGGAGGGGACCUCUGGCUGCAGCAGGCCGAUGAAGAGAUCCAGCAACCGCAGUGUCCACCCGGUUUUUCCAGGCCUCCUCUCAUCCUGGUGUCAUUGGACGGUUUCAGGGCGGGGUACUUGAAAGAUCACGGCAGCCACCUUCCCGUCAUCAACAAGCUGCGAAAUGCAGGAACAACAACGCCAUACAUGAGGCCUGUCUAUCCCACAAAGACCUUUCCCAACCACUACAGCAUUGUGACCGGUCUUUAUCCUGAGUCUCAUGGGAUUGUGGACAACAAGAUGUACGACGUGACCCGGAACGCUUUCUUCAGCUUGAAAACUGACGAGAAAUUCAACGCAAAAUGGUACCAGGGAGAGCCAGUCUGGGUCACUGCCAUGCGUCACAAACUGAAAACAGGAACCUUCUUCUGGCCUGGCUCAGAUGUAGCCAUCAAUGGCACCUUCCCAGACUUUUACAAGGUGUAUGACAAGACCGCUACAUUUGAGAAGCGAGUGUCGACGCUGUUUGAAUGGCUCAGUUUACCUCAGGGAGAAAGACCUGACUUCUACACUUUGUACCUGGAUGAACCUGACACAUCCGGACACAGUUAUGGGCCAGCGAGCAGCCAGGUCGUUCGGGCCUUGGAAAAUGUGGACAGAAUUCUGGGCAUGCUGAUGGACGGCCUGACACAGAGAGACCUGCAUCACUGUGUCAACGUGAUAGUCAUAUCAGACCACGGAAUGGAGGAGGCUUCAUGUUUGAAGGCAGCAUUUGUGUCAGACUACCUGGACAACACAGAUGACUUUAUUGUCAUCCAAGGCCCGGCUGCUCGCAUCAGACCCAGUCGCCUCCCUGAGAAUUACUUUUCCUUCGACUAUGAGGGCCUGGUGAAGAACCUGUCGUGCAGGAACUCUGACCAGCCAAUGAGGCCGUACCUCAAAGAAAACCUCCCCAAAAGGUUGCACUUUGCUAACAACAAACGCAUAGAGAGAGGACACCUGUAUAUGAAGCAGGGCUUUCAGGCAGCGCUUAACCAGCGGGAGCUGAAGUACUGCACCGGUGGAUUCCACGGCUCCGAUAACCUCUUCACCAACAUGCAGGCGAUCUUCAUUGGCUACGGUCCAGGAUUUAAAGAUAACACUGUUGUGCCUCCUUUUGAAAACAUUGAAAUAUACAAUCUCAUGUGUGAUCUCCUCGGUAUUCGCCCCGCUCCGAACAACGGGACUCACGGCAGCCUGAACCACCUUCUGAAGAAUCCCGUACACCUUCCAGUUCACCCGGCGCAGCUCUCACAUGACUCCCCCUGUGAGGCCAGUGACCCCGUCCCCGCCGACGAUCUGCAGUGCUCCUGUAGCUCACAAACCAAGGCAAUGGAGACAGAGCUGAACAGACAGCUGAUGUCAGCGAAUUACACUGUUAAAGACAGGUUACGUCGCCUCCAUCAUCCCUUCGGCACCCCUCGAGUCGUCCAACCGUUUGCCAGCUUUUGUGUUCUCCACCACUCCAGCUACCUCAACGGGUACAGCAAAGACCGCCUCAUGCCCCUCUGGGUGUCGUACACCAUCCAGCCUCUGACCAGCGUCCAGCCCCUGAGCCCGGAGUCGGAGGCGUGUGUUCGUGCUGACGUCCGCAUCCCGAUGGCCAACAGCCAGCUGUGUCUGCGCUACAGAGACAACCCCGCUCUGUCCUAUGGCCUGCUGCAUCCCCCCAAUCUGGCUGCCAGUGGCACUGAGACAGACUCUCUAAUCACUAGCAACAUGGCACCAAUGUUCCCCAUGUUUAAAGCUGUUUGGACUCAUGUCCACGAUGUGCUGCUUCCGAAAUAUUCCCAACAGCUGAACGGAGUCAACGUCAUGAGUGGGCCGAUAUUCGAUGGAGACUAUGAUGGAAGCGUUGAUGCGCUCAAAGCAAUCUCAGGGAAUGAGGCGCCCACCCCGACACAUUUCUUCAUGAUCCUGACCAGCUGCGGGAACUCGACCUUCAGCCCUGUUAACUGCAAGGGUCCCCUGCAGGCCAGGUCCUUCAUCCUGCCCCACAGACCCGACUACUCAGAGAGCUGCGCUAGCGGCUCGGACUUGACGUGGGUGGAGGAUUGGCUGCAGUUUCACGCGGCGCGAGUCCGAGACGUCGAGCUCCUGAGCGGACUCAGCUUCUACCACGACAGGUUAUCGGUGGAGGAGACGCUACAGCUCAAGACGCUGCUACAGACUGCUUAAAACCAGAGACAUUACCGAGUGAAGCUUUAAUGUCCAAAGGAAGCCAUACUGGUCUGCACGGCAGGCCUCUGUCCACCUGGACCCAGUUAACUGACUAUCAGUGGGCCGAACGGGCGCCUCGCUAAUAAAAGUUUCCUGUGGUCAAACCAAAUUGAUCCCAGUUCCAUCCAGGUUUUUUGUGAUACGUUUUCUAAAAAUAAUGAUUCAAUGUGUGAAAGCCUUAUAAAGAUAUAUAUAUAUAUAUAUAUAUUUGUUUUUGAUCAUGUUUUUAUAAAUGAUUUUAAGGAGAAGAGUCAGAGGGCAUUUUUAUUAAUGAGGCUCCGGAUCUCUGAACCAAAGAUGCCGUCACAUCUGCUGAGCGGCUCCAAAGUUUUUCCUGAGAUGGGCAAGUUUGGCAGGAACAAAAUAAAAGGGAAAAGAAACAUUUAUUGAUGGAAGGAGAAUCUUAUUUAUACUGCAGUUGUUUUUGUUGGCAGGGGCGCUUCAGGAAACGCAUGAUAAUCUGGAAACAGUCUGCUGUCACACAUCUGGAGAGCUGACUGGAAAACCCCCCCAACAACAGACAGAGAGGAAGGUUUUAUCUGCCAGAUGUUGUCACUGUAUGUUCAUGGUUUUUAUUUUUGUAUUUUAAUUACGCAGCACCAGUGUUGUUUUUAGUAUUUUGUAAAUUUUUGGUUUGGUUAAUGCCAUUUUGAGAUAAUUCUUCGUUUUUUGAGCGUGUGUGUGAGGAAAUGUGUGUGUACUGUAUGCAUGGAUGGAUUACAAAAUGGAAAUGUAAAAAAAAAAAAAAGCCCCGCCCACACAGGAGCGAGACACCCAGGCUGAAUCAGACAAAACGACUACAAACGACACAGCUUGUUUCUAUUUGUGUGUCUUUGUGGCAGUUCUACAUCUUUUUAUGGUCGUUUUUUGACUCUUUGUAGUCAUUUUUCAUCUCGUUGUUGCAUCUCUUUGAACUUUUUUUUCACCUCCUUGCAUCUCUCAGCACGACUCAUUUGUUGUUCUGUUGUACCUCGUUAUGGUUGCGUUGUGUGUCGUAUAGUCGUUUUGCAUCUUUUCAUGGUCAUUGUGCAUCUCUCUGUAGUUCUCGCUCUCCUUUUGUCUAUUUGCUGUCAUUUUGUGUCUUUAUGCAUAAUUUUCCAUCUCUUUGAAUUUAUUCUGUCUCUCUGAAGUCAUUUUGUGUCUAUUCAUUGUCAUUUCUUCUCUAUUUGUGGUCAUUUUAUCUCUUUGUAGCCAUUUCUUGUCUAUUUGUGCUCAUUUUGUGCCUCUUUGUAGUCAUUUUGCGUCUGUUUGUAGUCGUUCUGCGUCUGUCUGUAGUCGUUUUGCGUCUCUUUCGCUGACAUUCUGCAGGUGAAUCACUGAAACUCUGGCGCUGUUGUGCACGCUGGAGAUGAAGCUGGCCUGUUCGGCGAUCCGUCCAUGCCUGUUUGUGUAAAUGUGAGUGCGAGUGUUCAGUGUUUUUAUCUUUGCUCUUCACAGUGACUGUCUGAACGUCGAGGCCGUUCGUUGGAAAACAAGAAAAGUUCAGUACAGAUUUCCAUUAUGUGUCGUCACUUUUUUUUCAGUUUUGUCAGAAAUGGCAGCCAGGCUCAGAUACAUAAAAAAAACUCUUCUACA